GUCGGACAACCUUUUCUUGGGAGCAGUUGGUUAAUAGUACUAUAUAACAAUUAACAAAUGAAACAUUAAAUAUAAUGUAAUGAGUUGUGUUCUUAGCAACUUUUGACAUAACAAAUAUAUUCAAUCACCUGAUUAACGCAAACAAACGAAAUGACAGACUCCACAGGCACAGCUCCAAAGAGCAAGCUCCAAGGCAAGGUGGCUAUAAUCACUGGCGGAGCAAGCGGCAUGGGCGAGGCCACGGCGCGCCACUUUGCCACUCACGGCGCAAGAGCCAUCGUCAUCGCCGACGUCCAAGACGAGAAGGGCCAAAACGUCGCUGCAUCUAUCGGCCCCAACAUAUGCACCUAUGUCCACUGCGAUGUCAGCGACGAGGAACAGGUGAAAACAUUGGUAGACUCCACAGUCAAUGCGUACGGACGCGUCGACAUCAUGUUUAACAACGCGGGCAUGGCUCGAGCGACCCACACGUGCGAUCAGACUGUGUUGGACGUAGACUUGACUGUCUUUAACAACGACAAGCUCAUGGCGGUGAACGCGCGUGGGAUGGUGGCGUGCGUGAAGCACGCGGCGAAGGCGAUGGUGGAAGGGCGCGUGAGGGGUAGCAUAAUUUGCACAGCGAGCAUGGCGGCGAGUAUGGGUACGGACAGGUUUGUCGACUACGUGAUGUCAAAGCAUGCAGUGUUGGGGUUGGUGAGGUCUGCGAGCUUGCAAGUGGGUUCAUAUGGGAUACGCGUGAAUUGUAUUUCACCAGGGGCAGUUGGGACGCCAUUGCUGAAGGAGAUGUUGGGGUUUGAAAAUGAUGAGGAGGUAGAUAAGGUGGUAGAGUUGAGUUCGAACUUGAAAGGUGGGGUGUUGAGGCCCAAAAAUGUGGCAGACGCUGUGGUGUUUCUUGCUUCUGAAGAUUCCCAAUUUGUCACUGGCCAUAAUUUGGCGGUAGAUGCUGGGUUUAGAGUCUAGAGUUAGCUAAGGACACACUGGCCCCCUAUUACUCUAAAUGUUUGUAUCUUGGUGUGUUGUGUCCUAGGCUAUUACUCGUUUGUUGCUUCACAGUUUUUUAUUUUUUGGUGUGUGUGUUUGUGUGUGUGGAUAAGGUUGCUUCACAGUUGGUUAUUGCAGAAUAGAUCGCAAUGAUUGUAAUGACCCAAAUAAUUAGACCAACUUGCUAUUUUUCCCCCAUGAUUCAUUUUUGUAUAAAUAUGUUCUUUUAUUA